GCGUGUCAGCGCGACGUCACCGGUGCCGCGGCGUGAUGCCGGCGAUGCGCCGGGGCCGCGCGCGCACCACGAGGCUGCUGGCACCCAGGCAUUUCUACGCCCAUUCUCAUCUGAUCGCUCCACUCCUCUGUCCCCGCCAGCGCAUCUCGAGUGAACGUCAUCGUCGCUUCUUGCGCCGGUCGUGCGACGGCACCCUGUUCGUCCUCACCCGAUGCACAACACCUUCUGCUCUCAUCCACAUCCCAGAUGCUCAUGCGGUGACCGCCGCGCCAAGCAAGAUCAUCCCUCCAUAUGGUCCUCCUCCUUUGGUCGUGUGGCACACUCUCUCUACCCAUACGUUCUCUGGGUGUCUCCGCCAUCAGCAUCUCGCUGGUUCGAAUCGCUCAAUACACAGAUGCGUUUUGGAAAUCUCGUUGGUCGUCGGAGCAUAGUCGUGGCGCGUGAGCCGCCCCCUCUGGGAUUUGCCAGCCGUUGGAUUGCAACUUCAACUGGCUACAACUUCCACCAGCCAAGCAUUGGGUUCAUCAUCGUGGUCGCUGCCAUGACGCCGCGUUUGUUUCACUCGACACUGUGCCACCAUCACGACCGACCGGACGUGCUCGUUGUGCGACACCACUGGCAUCACUGCCUCCACUUGGAUGAUUCAAACUUUCCUAGCGACUGCUGCGCGUGGUGUUUCGAAGUUUGUGGUGGUCGCGUCCCAUUUCUCAUCCGUCUCCAUGACGAUGUCUUCGAUGUCGAAAUCGCGCUCCAUGUCGACCGCAGACUACGAGACCAUCGUGUCGUGCCUAGCCCACGUGAACGGGUUCAACACGCUCUUCCUCUUCGCUUCCCACGUUCUCGCGAUCGCGGCACUCCAGUACAUUCCAGUCUGCCGGUGGCAGACUCUCGUCUUCUCGGGACUUCUCUACUACACGAGCAUCCUUGGCGUCACCGCCGGCGCCCACCGGUUGUGGGCCCACAAAAGCUACAAAGCCCACGGCAUGGUCCGUUUUGUCCUCAUGUUGUGGCACUCGACGGCCAACCAAGGCUCGGUCUUCGACUGGAGUCGGUGGCACAGGCUGCACCACACGUUCGCCGACACCGACAUUGACCCCCACUCGAUUCGCCGCGGGUUCUUUUACGCGCACAUGGGAUGGCAACUCGUCCACCCGACGGCCCAAAUGCACACGGCGCUCGCCAACCUGUCCUGCCACGACCUCUGUCAAGAUUGGGUCGUCGCUUUCCAGCACCGCUUCCACGUCGUGUUGAAUCCAGUCUUGUGCUACGUCGUUCCCGUCGCGAUCGCGUCCGUGCUAUGGCAAGAGGAGUGGCGCACGGCGCUCUUGGUCGCGGGUGUCCUGCGCCAUGUCGCUGCCCUCCACGCGACGUGGCUUCCCAACAGCGCGGGCCACGUCAUCGGCAACAAGCCGUACAAUGUCGCCAUGUCUGCCCGCGACAGUGUCUGGAUAGCUCUCGUCACGUUGGGCGAAGGGUACCAGAACUGGCACCACCAAUACCCCCAAGACUACGCUGCCGGCGAACACGAUGACCAGCCGACGUGGCAGCUCAACACGACCAAGGCGUUCAUCGACGUGUGUGCGAUGGCGGGUGUUGCCGGCCACCGACAACGGGCGCUGCAUCUCUGGGGUCAAAAGAAAUGGGUCCUGCGCUCGCGCCUCCAGGACGACGUCGGCCUCUACCGACGACAAAGCCCCUCUACCUCGCCCAACACGUAACUCAACCACCAUAUUUAUCAAUUCGCAUGCUGAGCCGACUUGCCAAACAAAAACUCGGGUAUUAUUAAUAAUUUCGCGCGAUUUUUUACAACCACAAGAAAUGACGU